AUGAUUAACGAGACAUAUAAAUAGAACUUGAGUGAUUUUAUAACAAAUGAUUUAGAAAAGGCUUUUGCGAUUAUAAUUUUGAUGAUGAAUACAAUUAUGAUUUUAUGGCAAGCCUCAAAUUUCCAUAAACUAAUUAGAUUCUAUAUGAAAAUGAUGGAUCCUACUCUUUUAAAAAUAAAUACUUUAAUGUUCAUUCUAAGUUUAAGUAAUAAUGUACUUAUUGAAAAGUAAGGAUACAAGCUUAUUCUUAUGCUGUUUUUGGAUGUUUUUUAAAGGAACCUGAUUAAAAACUAUUUCAGCCAUCUGUAUUUAGAACUUUAUAAUCUUCAAGUUUCAUUUUUUAUGAUCUUGUUUUAGGAGUAAUAGGAGCAAAAUGGUUAAAGAAUUUAUUUAUUAAAGGAUUUCAAUAAUGCAAAAAUUUUUCCAUUAUUUUCAAGGUAUUUCUAGUUUAGAAAUGAUUAUUAAUUUAUUCUUUUUUAGUUUUUGGUUUGCAUGCCAAAUAUUUUUAUUUGUAGCUGAAUUUUAUCAUGAUAAAACAUGGGAUUAAUAAAUAGACAGAAUGUAUAAUAUAUAUGAUAAUUAGUUACUCAAUUCUCUAUUUCAUUUACUCAUUCUUCUCUUUGUUAACAUUUGUAUUAGGUUGUCUAUUAUUUAGGAGACAUGUUAAAGAUAUAAAUACUAUAAAUGAAAAUUUUAAAAAAUACGUAAAGUACUACAUAAUCAAUUUAGCUUGAUUACUCGAUAAUUUUUUUAAUAAUAGGACAAGCAUUAAGAUUACUAUUUUCAUAAUUAAGAAUUUGGUAUGCAACGUUUUUGAUUUAGUUUAAGUAUGGGUUUAAUAGUGAAAAUACUUAAGACACUACAUUGUGGUAUGUAUUUUUGAUAAAGGAAAAGGUCAUUGAUAUCAUUUAUAUUAUAUCUUUUGAGUGAUUAUGUUCCUACUUCAAUACUUUUGUUGAUAUUUUAUCCAAAUAAAUAACGAAUGCAACAAAGUAUAAUAGCAGAAUCUGUAGUGGAAAUAGAAUGA